UGGAUCGUUUGACACCAAUUAUAAAUUUAAAUAUAUUAAAAAAUUGCAAUUAGUGAAAGUCACAUCCGAAAACAGUUCUAAAUUUCAAUAUCUUAUAUUACAAAGUACUGUCGACACAAAAAUUAUAUAACAAACUGACUAAUCGUUGUGCCAUGUGUGCGGGUCGAACAACAAUUCUGCAAUUAUUAUUAUUAUUAUUAUUAUUUUAUUUUAUUUUUUAUAUUCUGCAAUUAUUAGUGGAAAUUAGUUUAUUUUAACCUUGCAGGGCAAAUAAAACCGAUCAAUCUCUGUCAUAUACAUGUCUAGCUCUUACAUUUUGAUUAAUAUGUAAAAGUCACGAUCAUGUUCGUACCUCAUAAUACCCUCAUAAUACGUAGCUACAGUUUGCUUUAUAAUAUUUAUGUAACUUCUUUAAGUUAUUCAGAAUAAAAUAAUGGAGAAGAACCUUCAUCAUCUGUUAUUGAAAUCGUUCUGUUGGUUCUCAGAAUGUAGCUGGUUAUUCUUAAGUGGGAAUUUAUAAACCUAUUACUUUUCCAACGGGUAAAGACAAAAGUAUACUAAUUCUUUGUGAAUUUAUAGUAUUUCUCGGUAAAUUAUGAUUUUAGGAAUAUUCACUGUUAUUUUCGAACAACCCAUCUGACUUGUGUAUAUGAGAACCGUCUGUAGCGUAACAACAUGAGAAAUUAAUAUGUCAUACCCUUUGACAUACGUUCUUUCUCAUUAUUCACACACAAGUUAAAUUCUUUGCCCAGAAGAACCACCACAACCCUUUCUUGCCAUGAUUCGUCCAUCUUGCUUUCCAUUUAAUCAUGAAAGUUUUCUUCAUGUUCUCACUUGAUUUCUUCUCCUCCAAAGAAUAAUAUAUUCUCAUCAUACACCACUGUGGAGUUUCCUCUUUGUGAUUCCGUUUAUACUUUGUGAUCUCUUCUCUACAGCAACCAAAACCUGAAUUAUUCUGAUACCACUUGUUAAGAUUUGUUGAUUGUUAUAUUUUUUUAAUACAGAUAAUUUGAUUUUCGGCCUUAAAUCGGUAUGUCUCGAGUGGGAACCGUCUCUCAUAACUUUCACUAUCAGUCAAAGGGUUUACACAAAUACUUUAGCGCGCUAUAUGGUAAGAGACAACACAUAACUGGAACAACGCCCUCUCACUCUUUUUUUUUUUUUUUUUUUUUUAACAAACGCCCUCUUACUCUCAAGUUUCUUCUUUUAUUAUUUCUCUCAACUCUCUCUUUGUUCUUAUGUUUCUGUUAUGUUUUGGGUUAUUUUUCACCGGAUUAUCCAAAUCGUUGAUAACACUCACUAUAUAUUUAUAUCCACGCUAUUAGUGAAUCCUAGCCUAGUCUCGUACAGUUUUGGUUAAAUCCUCCCUUCUCCCAAUCUGAUAAUGAGUUGACCUUUUUUAUCCAAACGUAAAACGUUUAUGGAUAAACCGACACUGUUCACCUGUUGGGCCCUUUUUUGUGUUUGCCUGGAAUAAGAUAGGUAUUGGGCCAAUUUGUUCACAUUAACUAAGUAAGAUUUAAAUUUUUCUCUCAAUAUAUAGAUUUUUCUCGUAAUAUACAUUUUUGUUACUUCUAAAGGGCGGUGAUACACCAAACCCUAGUUCUAUCUUUUCUUAUAUAUGUAUGUGUAAGCACAAUAGUUUUCUUACCGAAACCGAAAAAGAUGGCGCCUCCAAAAGAGAAGAAACAAAAGCUUAGCACAUCUGAAACCAUAAGUCCCUCUCUCUCAAAGAUGAAGAAGAAGAAGAAUAAGAGGAAGAAGAGGGUGAGCAAAUCACUAAUAACCUCAAGUCCCUCUCACUCAGAGAAGGAUUUGGUAACCAAGCCCCCUCCAAUCUCAAAGGUUAAUGUGGAGAAAGCAAUGAAGAAGCAAAACGAUGUGGCUAUGUUUCUUACGGAGAAAGUUAUCUCUGCCGUAGCUAAAAACUCAAACUUCGUCUUCUCUCCUGCAUCCAUCAACGCCGCUCUAACCAUGGUCGCUGCUAGCUCCAAAUAGGAACAACUAACAUCGUCCAUCUUAUCCUUCCUUAGGUCCUAUUCAAUGGAUGAGCUCAAAGCUGUUUUCAGCGAGAUCGCUACCAUCGUCCUCGCCGACGGAAGCGCAAGCGGUAGCCCUAAGAUCUCGAACGUUAAUGGAGUGUGGAUGGAGCAGUCGCUGGGCGUUGAUCCCUCGUUGAAGGAUCUCUUUGAGAAUUUCUUCAAGGCUACUUGCGCUCUUGUUGAUUUCCGAUUCAAGGCUGAAGAAGUGCGUGAGGAGGUGAAUGCUUGGGCUUCAAGUCACACCAAUGGUCUCAUCAAAGUUAUUCUUCCUCCUGGAUCCGUUACAAGCGAGACCGCCUCUAUUUUUGGAAACGCAAUCUACUUCAAAGGAACCUGGGAAGAAAAAUUCCCAAAGUCUUUGACAAGACACUUUGACUUUCACCUUCUCAAUGGCAAAUCAGUCUCGCCUUUCAUGACGAACCAUAAGAAGCAAUACGUUGAGCAGUACAACGGUUUCAAGGUCCUUAAGCUGCCAUUUCGACAAUGCGGUGAUAUCAAUCGCCAAUAUUCAAUGUAUUUCUACCUACCGGACGCCAAGGAUGGAUUGAAUAGUCUGGUCAAGAGGGUGGCAUCAUCAUCAUCUACUCUUGGAUUCUUGGAUAGUCACACUCCAAUAAAACAAGUUGAAGUUGGAGUGUUCAGAAUCCCAAAGUUUAAGAUAGAUUUCGGGUUUGAGGCUUCAAAGGCUUUCAAUGGAUUGAAUCUGGAUUCGCUUUCACUGAACCAUAAAGCUUUGGUUGAGAUCGAUGAAGAUGGUGCAGAGGCUGCGGCUGUUACUGUUUUAAGAUGCUGUAGUGGUGGUAGAGGCUUCAGCAGUGGUAGGAGGAUAGAUUUUGUGGCUGAUCAUCCAUUUCUUUUUAUGAUUAGAGAAGACAAAACUGGAACGGUUCUGUUCGUUGGUCAGAUCUUUGAUCCUUCUAAAUCUGCUUCUGCUUAGGACUUUUGAAGUUUCAUUUUCUUUUCCUGUUUAUGGUACAGUUAUGAUUCCAUAUUUUUAUAUUUGGUUUUGGUUUUGAAACUUGAGUUUUCUGUUGUUUGUUUUGAUUAGUAUGAUUGCAAAGGCAGCUUCUUUUAUU